AUGUCCCCUUCUGCAACCGAUACCACAGAGGUCAUGGAUCCCACCAUCCUCACCCUUCGCAAAGUCCUCACAUCUGAAUCGGAGCCGCUCGGUCGCCGAUUCCGUGCCCUGUUCUCCUUGAAGCACCUUGCGUGCCUGCAGCCGCCUACUGAGAAGACGCUCCCCGCAAUUCAGGCUAUUGCUGCUGCCUUUACUUCACCAUCAGCCUUGCUGAAACAUGAACUUGCAUACUGCUUGGGCCAGACUCGGAAUCCGGCGUCUUUGCCGUUCCUACAACAAGUCGCGAAGGACACGGAGCAAGAUACAAUGUGCCGUCAUGAAGCCGCAGAGGCUUUGGGUGCUUUGGGUUACGAGGACAGCUUGGAGAUCUUGAAGGCUCUUAGAGACAAUCAGAAUGAGCCCGAAGUUAUUAGAGAGACCUGCGAUAUUGCAGUGGACCGGAUUCUGUGGGAAAACUCAGAAGCAAGAAAAGCUGAGAAAUUAAAGACAAGGUAUGAGGCAUCUGUAUUGAUUCACCAUCUUUCUAUUUCUCUUUUGCAAAUGCUUAUUGCAUCAUGUGUACCAAAUCACAGUGACUUUACCUCGAUCGACCCCGCUCCACCACUCCCAAUGACGGCCAGUGAACCUUCCAUUCCCGAAAUAGAGCAGACUCUACUCGACACAAGUCUACCAUUGUUUCUGAGAUACCGUGCGAUGUUCGCCUUGCGCGACCUCGCUUCUCCUCCCGAUCUUCCCACAGCGACUCGCGCUGUUGAGGCGCUGGCCAAGGGCCUCAAAGAUCCGUCUGCACUUUUUCGCCAUGAGAUUGCGUUCGUCUUUGGUCAACUCUGCCACCCAGCGUCAAUUCCAAGCCUCACCGAAGCGCUUAGCAAUCAAAGCGAGGCCGGUAUGGUGCGACACGAAGCGGCUGAGGCUUUGGGAAGCUUGGGCGACUAUGAGGGUGUCGAGGAGACGCUAAGGAAAUUCUUGAACGACCCGGAGCAGGUGGUAAGAGACAGUGUCAUUGUGGCUCUCGAUAUGGCGGAGUAUGAAAAGAAUGGCGAAGUUGAGUAUGCUUUGGUGCCUGAUGCUGGCGUUGCUGCUGCAUGA